AUGAGCGCGAAUGAGUAAACACACCGCCGAAAAAUUAAUAAGAUUUUCCACAUUCACGAAAAACAAUGGUGAAUUAGAGGCGAACGCACCGAAGUAUCAUAUGAAUGUUCCCAUUUAAUAUUUUCUGUUUAAAUGAAGAACUGUGAUUUAUAUUGCAGAGGAGCCAUUCGUAGCGUUCAUAGCAGAAUUUAGUGAUCAUGCGGCGACUUUGGAUACUCGUCAUUUGUUCUGCAAUACUCUCAGUGUGCGAUGUUUGCACGGAAACAACAACCAGUUCCAUAGAAUUUUUCACAACAACAAUAGCGCCUGUUACUACAACACCGUUCGUUAACACAUUCGAAACAACAACAACACCAACAAACGUAUCUUUGCCGGCGUUGGCAGCUAAGUUAGUACGCCAGCGCCGUCAACAUCCUUUCACCAUUAUCCGACAUGUGGUGCGUCCAACGAAGCGCGGCACAAAAUCGCGUAGGCGUUACAAGUGGCCUAAAUAUAAAUAUGGCCCAACGCAUUCCAAUGUCGGUCAACCGAUCUCCUACUAUAAACCAACCAAGCAAUAUUUGCCAGACAUUUCAAAUCCACCGAAAUAUUCACAUUUCGAGGAAUUGGAUCUGACAAAUCACUUUAAUUCGGCCGAUUAUGAAGUGCAUCCACCAAACGGCAAUCAUUAUGAGGACCAAGCAAUGGAUUUGGAUUUCUAUAGUCAUGCCAGUCACGCUUUUCAAGAGUUACCGAAGGUAUCACAUAUAGAAUACAGCAGUUAUGACGCAGAUAAGGAGGUGCCCACCUAUUCGUACACAACAACGAAAACGAAAAAAAGUAAGCCAUUUCAUAAAAAUGCACCGAAACAGCAUGGUGGAGCAUAUGAAAUAUCUAGCAGUAGUGAUUUUGAAGAAGCGCACACGUUUAGUCCACCAGAAAAGGUUUAUGAUAUGCACCCGAUGGGCAGCUAUGAUACGCCCUCCUCGGCAAAUGGCAACAAGUUCUACGAGUUCACUUCAUCGGAAGCAAAUUCUCCUUCCGAUAUUCAUAUACCGGCUACAAAGUAUGGUGUGCCAGAUCUAAAUAUACCGUUACUUUUUUCUCCACCCACAAAGCAACCCGAUCAUCACGCACCAAAUCCAUCAACGGUGAAUAGCUACGAUGUUUAUGAUAAAAAAAUACCAAACACUGGUUACAGUUCCAGCAAAAGUUCAGGUCAUCACAGCUUUGCCGAGCCGCCGGCUAAAACAAAUGUCGAGAUUACAUAUUCGCCAUCUUAUGAAAUCAACUUACCACCAUCCAACCAUAAGCCUUCGUUGAUAGAAAACUAUCACCCAACAUCCGGAAAUUUUGCUGAGCCACCAGUACAUCCUCCAAUUACGUAUAGCGUGCCCAAAACUACAGCACAUCCACCAGCCACCUACCAAAUACCUCAAUCACCUGAUCCGCCUUCAUAUAACCAGCCUGAGCCACCUGAGCCACCAUCUUAUGACUUCCAUGAACCACAUCCAUCACCACCUUAUGAAACUCCUGAAUCACAAGAUCUGCCAUCUUAUAACGCUCCUGAAUCGCAGGAGCCUCCACCUUACCAAGUUCCUGAAUCGCAUGUCCCUAAAAUAUAUCAAGUUCCUGAUUCGCCUGCAUCUCCAUCUUAUGAAGAGCCUGAGCCGCCUAUACAUCCGCCAUCAGGUGCUUUUGAAGUACCUGAAACGCAACCACCACCAUUUUAUGGCGCACCCGAGUCUUCAAAACAACCGCCUGAUGCGGACUAUACCAGUACAGCUUCGCACUCAGAAUAUCCUCAGCCGGACUACAUAACACCCUCUGAAGAGUUACCCAUAAACUCGAAUUAUAUGCCGCCUGCAUAUAAUUACCCCAAGUCAAGUUAUGAAGUGCCUAUUUACGAUCCAAUACCCUUCGAGGCAUCGAGCAACGAGGAACAUGAAACCUAUCCACCACACUCGUUUGAAAGCCACAACAUGGAUGGUCACGCACAAUCGGGAUCCUCACCAGUGCCAACAGUAAAUGCGCCCCCUACACAUACACCGAAACAAGACAACGGCGACAACGUACCUCCUUCCAGCACCAUAAAGGGGCGCAGAGCAUCAAGCAAGCGUAAACGUAUGCGCAACAGCACUCCCAAGCACAUUUUAGACACACCCGAGCUGGAAGAAGCAUUCGAAGCAAAUCAACGAAAUAAAAAUCAGUUUGCCCUAAACAAGGACGCUGAUGUCGAUGAAUCCAAUCAAGUGCGUGCACAACCCAACAGCAACGAGGGUAAUUAUUUUCUACCCACAAUAUCACCAGAUAUAGCGAACGACCAUAGUUACGUCAGUACUGCAUGGAAUCCAGUACGUAUCCGUGGUGGAAGUACACCAACAGUCCUGCCAGCAGUGAAAGGACAAACGUCAUCCACACCUACCCCUACCAUGGUACGACCAAAAGGGCGUAGACCUAACGCUGUUAGGACCUCUAAUCGACAACAAACAAUGGCGGAAUAUACACCUGCAAGUACAGUUACAAGCAAGCGCCAAACGACUCCAUUAAAUGACAAAGGUGAGAAGCGUACAAUAGUAUCGGUAGAUAAAUCGCGUUCGUAUAGUUAUUACGGUGGCACUCCGAUGACACCGAAUGAAAACGGUCAGACUUUGUACCGAACGCGCUCGAAUCCUCAGCGGCAGCCAACACGUACGCCUCCUGUUACGAGGCAAAAAGUUUCUGCGAGAGACGAAACAGCACCCCAUCGUACAACGAAAAGUGUAUUUGAAACGACUUAUUUCAAAAGCCCUCAUAACGAUAACUACGAACGACAUCUGGCAACAUUUGUGAAGAGUUUGCCAAGCAAUCAUAAACUCUUUUGAGUACGGUAUAUGGGUGGGGAAAAUAGAAAUAAGAAUUAAAUUAGAAUUUGACUUUAAUAACUUAUCAAAUACUAUCAAAUACGUAUCAAAUACUGAAUUUUGUUGCCCUUGGAAGUAUGUUCUAUGUAAAGCGUAUACCAUCAAAGAUGAAAACCCUUUUUGUGAGUCUAAAAAGCUCCGCUCGCGAGUCUCUUCACACGCCAAUCUUCUUCUUUCGACUAACCAGUUUCCUUUUUUUAAUUCGUAUGUUUUGUUAUUUGAGUCGCAAAUUUAGUUAAUUCAUUCACUAGUUUCACUGCUUUAUUGGCGAGCUUUCGC